AUGUAUGAAAAUGAUUUAACUCAAAUUAAACCAGUAUAUUAUGAUAUGCUGACAAAGCAGGAUCAAUCCGCAUAUGACAAACUCCGCGCGAUUGUUUCUUCAAAUGAAAACAAAUACAUUAAAAAUCAAAGGUGCCAAACAAUUCAAGCUGCUUUUAAUAUGAUACGAGAAUAUUGCGUCAGAGAUGAUGAAGAUGAUUGGAAACGCUACUUGACAUGCGGGAUUUGCUGGAUCGAUAAUGAUAUUGCUAUUAAUAUUCGACAUCUUCGGUUAUUAUUAAAUAAAUGCAAAUCUUCAAUUAACGGAGCACUUGUAAAAAUGGGCUAUGGAGCUGAAAUGAAUAAAGGCGAUGGCUGCAAUGCGCUCAUUUCUAAAAUACCGUUUUUAAAGGGUAAUUUUAUGGAGCAACGUCAAUGGACUAUCAGGCGAAAGGUUUUGAUGUCACCUAGGCCAACACAAAUGUUUACUCCUUUAUAUUCUCCGUAUAUGAAAACACCUCAACCAAUGAUGCUCCAAUUGCCUCUUUUAGGAUUUCAGCCAUACAUAGAGAAAGCAAAGCUAUUUGGCCAGCCAAUGUGCUGCAAUAACAACUACGCCCAAACUCAAUUAAGCAAUGAAGAUCAGAAAGAAACGUUUCAAAAAGAUCUCCCAAUCCCACAGAAUUCGGCUCUUGCUCAAAAUCAACAACAAAAUACUAAGGAUUAUAACGAUCAUAUGUUUGAAGAGUUUGAGAUGGAUGCUGCUUGCUGCAUGCCAAUUGAAUGGGUAGAUGAUAUAAAUGAAGAUGAAGUUUUAGGCUGGAGCUGA